CAGGAACAAAACCCCCACGCUCGUCCGAGGCUCACUCGUGGUGGAGCCGAGAGGAGGAGGAGGAGGAGGCGGAGGAGGAGGGAGACAGCCAGAGAGAAACUUGUCUUGGGGAUUAAUAAGAGGCAGGAGGAGGAGAGGUGCACACAGGGAAACAGCUGGACCAUGAAGGUGGCCUUCAGCUUGCUUCUCCCACUUGUUCUUGUGCUGAUCUCGGAGGUGAGCGGGCAGCGGAGGAAGCCUCCCCGAAAACCCACCCGCCCGCCUCCCGAGUUCGUUGAGCCCGUCGAGCCCACAGAGCUCCCUCCACCCCUGCCGCCGGGUCCCCCCUCCAUCUUCCCUGACUGCCCUCGAGAAUGCUACUGCCCCCCAGACUUUCCUUCUGCCCUCUACUGUGACAGCCGCAACCUGCGGAAGGUCCCCAUCAUCCCAUCCCGCAUCCACUACCUCUACCUCCAGAACAACUUCAUCGACGACCUCCCGGAGGAGUCCUUCAGGAACGCCACGGGGCUGAAAUGGGUCAACCUAGACAACAAUCGCAUCCGGAAGGUGGACAGGCGGGUCCUGGAGAAGCUGGAAAACCUCAUCUUCCUCUACAUGGAGAAGAACCAGCUCAAGGAGGUUCCUGCCUUCCUGCCACCCAACCUGGAGCAGCUGCGUCUGAGCAGGAACCAGAUCUCCAAGAUCCCUGCUGGGGUCUUCAACAAGCUGGAGAACCUGGUGCUCUUGGAUCUGCACCACAACAAGCUAAGCGAUGGGGUCUUCAACAAAAACACCUUCAAGGGACUCAAGAACCUCAUGCAACUCAACCUUGCCCACAACAUCCUGAGGAAAAUGCCCCCUGGGGUGCCCAGUGCCAUCCACCAGCUCUUCCUGGACAGGAACAAUAUUGAGGACAUCCCCAGUGACUACUUCAAGGAGUUCCCCAACCUGGCAUUCAUCCGGCUCAACUACAACCAGAUCUCUGACAAGGGGCUCCCCAAGAACUCCUUCAACCUCACCAACUUGCUGGUGUUGCAUCUGGCCCACAACAAGCUCACCAACGUCCCUUUCAUCAGCCCCAAGCUGGAGCACCUCUACCUAAAUAACAACUCCAUUGAAAAAAUCAACGGGACGCAGAUCUGCCCCACCUCGCUGAUGUCCAUCCAGGACUUCUCCCCCUCCGACCUGGACAGCGUGCCCCGGCUCCGGUACCUGCGGCUGGAUGGGAACCUCCUGAAACCCCCCAUCCCCUUGGACCUGAUGAUGUGUUUCCGCCUCCUGCAGUCCGUGGUUUUCUAGCCCUGCCCGGCAGCGUGCCUCUCCCAGCACUUGGCUUUGCACAGAGACUCGACCCCCGUCGGUGUUUGACACGUGGGACCCUCUUUGCCUCCCUCUCCCCCCGCUCACACCCCACCUCCAUCCCUCAUGCUUUCUCCCUCUUUCCACCCCUGCGGUGGCCGUGGUCACGCGUGGCAUGUGCAUCCUUGGGGACUGCUGUCUGCAGGGCAGCACCGCAUUGCAGCAGCCACCCCAGGGUGCAGCAUCAGCCCCCCGGGGUGGCUGCCACGCUCACCCCAGUUCCCUGCCUGUGGGCCCUGCCUUCUCUGCCCUCCCCCAGGCCAGCCCUGGAGCUGGCUCUGUCUCUCCCCUUCCACCCGGCAGAGUUUCAGGAGGUUGGAUUCGGUCCAAGCCAAAAGCAUCUCCGGAUGGAGCUGACGAGGGAGCCCGGGGGCCACCUCGCUGCAGGACUCGGGUUGUAUCCUUGCUCGGGGUGGCUGCGCCCGGAGAGCCCGCCGUGUCCCUGGGGAAAACUCCCCUGCGACGGAGGCGGAGCAGCGAUGCCCUGCGCUGGCGCCCCGAGGGUGCGGAUGGCCACGCUGCAGCCGGGGGGCGCAGGGCGAUGCCGGGCGGAGCGGGUGGCUGGGGGAGCGGGAGCGGGAUCGUGGCCGGGUCUGGCGCCGGACGGCAGGACCGGCAACGACACCUCGUGGCCAGAGCCACGUCCCAGGGCCCCGGGUGGGGGGGGAACACACACGCUCCUCCAGCCUGGGCCCUCCUGGGGGGCUUUGGCCUUGGCUCCGCAUUGCUCGGGAGGCAGAGGGGCUCGUUCCCUCGCGGCUGGUGUGAACUUGGCAGGAGGGAGCGGGGAGGUGGCCGGCCCCUGCAGCAGGAGCUGGGCUCUCCUGCACCCUGGGCGGGUUGCACCUUCCCCACACCCUCCUUUGCAAGACCGACCCCGUCCCCGGCUUUCACCCCUCCCAGGCUGCCCCCGGCAGCAUCAGUCCACGGUGCCGCAGCCCCUUCCCAGCAUCCUGCAUCCUCCCCCCGCUCGGGCUGCGGAGCCGCAGGGCUCAGCGCAUCGGCCGCAUCUGCCGCUUCCAGCAAACCCUGCCCUCCCUGGCGCAGGCAGGACCCGAAGCCGUGCGACCCUGAUGCUGGUGACCUGCUCCGGGCACAGGACCCCCGCCCGGGGGCAGAGCAGAGCCAGCCGCUCUGCAGCGAUGCCAGCAGGACAUUUGCUUUUGUAUUUGGGUACCUGGGGCCAGAUGCUGACGUGGGUGUAAAUCCCGGUUCUGCUGGGGCUGGGUUGACCCGUGAGAUCUCUGCUCUGCUCUCACAGUCCCUCUGCCCUCCUGCCUUGACUCCCAUCUCCUGGAAGUUUUACUCUGUUGCUUUCUUGAACCAAACACUCAUGACUGGUUUUGCUUCCCCCCCCCCCCCCCCCCCCCCCCCCCCCCCAGAAAGAAGGAAAGAAAAGGGAAAAAUAACUCUUUUGGAAAAGCUAUUUUUUAUUCCCCCUUCUCCCUGUUUUCACAUGUAUCGCCUCCCUCUUUGAUAGCUGUACCUGCAUAUAUAGGGUGUUCGGGUUUAGGGCAGGUUAUUCUCUUUUUUUCUUCCUGAUUCUCAGGAUUUAUAAUUAAGGCCAAGCAUUAGAGGAAACAAACAAACAAAACCAACCAAUUGAAAUAAGUAUUAAAGCAAUAAACCAAAGAAACCAGCUGUUACCUCCUUUGUGUUCAGCCACCAAAACUGACUCUUGUCCGAGAUGGGCACAGAAGGGCACCGUGUCCCGCUCCCCAGGAAUGGGACAGGGAUGCUCCCCGCAGCCUGGGGACACGCCGGUGGCCCUGGGAGCUGGGUGCUCCCCCCUUCCUAGCACUGGAAGGUUCAUUAAACCCCCCGUGCUAAUGCAGGCUUGUUUGCUCAUGAGAAAAGUCUUCCUCCAGUGGGCUUUGUUGGGUUCGACAGGUUUCAACCUUAAACCCGGAGACCCUAUGUAUAUAUUUAUAUAUAAUGUGUAUAUAUACUGGUAGACUGUACAGAUAUAUCUAGAGACAUAUGUAGUUCUCGACUGAUUUCAACUUAAAGAUAUUUUUCACUCCUACUCUCCGCAGCAGUGAAAAUAAAAUGAUUCACCAAGGGACCCAGCGCCGUGGUCGGACCUGCCUCUCUCUGCUCCAUCCCCAUCUUCCUCGCUGCACGGGAGCUGCUGCUUCAUUCAGGACCAGAUUUCCUCCGUUGGGGCCAACCUUCCCAACAGUCGGAGCUCGGUUGGGAGCCCCGUGAGGGGGAGACCCCGGGGGUCCCUGCAGCGGGAGGCUGGCGGGUUUGGAGGUGUUUGUGGUGUGCCCUUGCUUGAACCGAUGCUGGGUUGGACUCGCAGCAGCAGACCUGCAGAGCGGCGGUGGGCAGGCUUAUGGAGCAUGUGCCUGUCCUAACGAGCACCUCUGCUAAUUAAGAGAGCCCAACUUCCACUGCAGCUCCUAGAGCCGUGGCUGCAGCUGAUGGGUGUUAUCGUCCCUGCAAGCUGGCUGGGAGAAGCCGAUGGCCACGUGCGCUGCGUGUCACGGCAGGUCGCGUGAACUCAGGUUGAGCUGUCCCCAUGUCGCUUUUGUGCUCCCAGAGAAGCCGGAUGAACGUCCCCGGGGUGAGUUUGACCCAGGGGAACAGCACAGAGGGGCUCCAGGGUGUGUGUGGGGGUAGCCGGGGGGAGGCAUCUCUCCCACCCACAGCGAUGAGCCCGGAUCCAUCCCCAGGGCUGUGGUUGCGUGGGGUGCGCGCGUGUUUUCACACGAGCAGAACGGGUGUAGGCAGCGACUUAUCCUUCUGCCCAUCGCCGCAGCUUCAAAAAAUCUCCUCUUGCUGCUGCUCUCCCCACGUGAAUCAUGAGCGGAGAGGGAGGACGGCUGUGGGAGUGGGUGCGAACGCAUGGGCUGCGGCGUGGGGCUGCUCACGGGAGUGUGCACGCUGGCAGGAGGGGGAUGUGUGUGUGUGUGUGCAGAGCAGGCACAGGCAGCGAGCUCCCCUUAUGUUUUUGUGCUG